CCACUGUCGUGGCUGCAUUGCUGUUCCUCCACAGCUCUGCACGCCGCGACUCGACAAAGCUGUGUCCCCUCUUCCCCCCCCCCCCCCUCCUCUCCCGCCAAGGCGUAGCUUUAGGUACUCGGAGGCAGCCAUGUCUUUCUCCUUCGUCCCUUAUCUCCGUCUGUCGUCUCGUACGCCUAGGGUAUAUAAGGCUUGUUGUCCCUCACCGACAUCCUUUCGAUACGUCUCCCCUAGAAGCUUCAGCACCCAUCACUCCAGAAUGUCGGACCUAACCAUCGAGCUCACCGCGCCCAAUGGCCGCAAGUACACACAGCCCAGAGGGUUGUUCAUCAACAACGAGUUUGUCGCGUCCAAGUCGGGCGAGACUCUCUCCACCAUCAACCCAAGCGACGAGAAGGAGAUCUGCACCGUGUAUGCUGCCGGGCCCGAGGAUGUCGACAUUGCCGUGUCAGCUGCCCGCAAGGCCUUCAAGGACCCCUCAUGGCGGGACAUGGACUCGACGGUCCGUGGCGAUCUCAUGUACAAGUUUGCUACUUUGAUCCACGAGCACAGGGAGACGCUCGCCACCAUUGAGACCUGGGACAACGGCAAGCCCUACCAGAUGGCCAUGAACAUGGAUCUGGCUGGAACCGUUGACUGCAUCAAGUACUAUGCUGGCUGGGCCAACAAGGUCUCUGGCCAGGUCAUCAACACCUCGCCCGCCAAACUGGCAUACGUCGUCCGCGAGCCCGUCGGUGUGUGCGGCCAGAUCAUCCCAUGGAACUUCCCGCUUGCCAUGGCUGCGUGGAAGAUUGGUCCCGCCAUUUGCACCGGAAACACGGUCGUCAUCAAGGCUGCGGAGCAGACUCCGCUCUCUGCCCUCUACCUCGCUACUCUGGUCAAGGAAGCCGGCUUCCCCCCAGGUGUCAUCAACAUCAUCAACGGUUACGGCCGCACAGCCGGAGCCGCUCUUGCUCAGCAUCUCGAUGUCGAUAAGAUCGCCUUCACUGGAUCUACUGCCACCGGAAAGGAGAUUAUGAAGAUGGCAUCCAUCAACAUGAAGAACAUCACGCUCGAGACAGGCGGCAAGUCGCCCAACAUUGUCUUUGACGAUUGCGAUUUGGACCAAGCCGUCAAAUGGUCACACAUGGGCAUCAUGUGGAACCAGGGCCAGGUCUGCACCGCAACCUCGCGUAUCCUGGUCCAAGAAAGCAUCUACGACAAGUUCAUCGAAGCUUUCAAGGAACGCGUUGGCCAGGCUUCCGUGGUUGGAGAUCCAUUCGAAGACAAGACCUUCCAAGGCCCCCAGGUCACAAAGGCACAGUUCGAACGCGUUCUCUCGUACAUUGAUGCCGGCAAGGAAGCAGGCGCCAAGCUGGUGACAGGAGGAGAAGCUUUCAAGAAUGUUGGUGGAAAGGGCUUCUACAUUGCCCCCACCGUCUUCACGGACGUCAAGGACGACAUGAAGAUCUACCGCGAGGAAGUGUUUGGACCUUUUGUCGUCAUCAGCUCGUUCAAGACCGAGGAAGAGGCCAUCCGUCGUGCAAACGACACCACGUACGGCCUGGGAGCGGCGCUCUUCACCGAGAACAUCACAAAAGCUCACCGCGUUGCACGGUUGAUCGAGUCUGGUAUGGUCUGGAUCAAUUCAAGCAACGACUCGGAUUCCCGCAUUCCGUUUGGCGGUGUCAAGCAGAGCGGUAUUGGCCGCGAGCUGGGAGAGGCCGGUUUGGAGGCAUACACCAACAAGAAGGCCAUCCACGUCAACCUCGGCACAAGGCUAUAG